CGUCAACAAGAAAAGAACCCGGGUCUGUGCUUUAAGCUUAAAUCCCUGAAUCAAGCUCAUUGCCGUGAUUAUCAAUAUCUCCGAGCGGGGUGAUUGGCGUCGCUGAUAACUCCGAUGCCUUCAAACAGUGGCCAGUCUAUGCGCCUUCUAUGGUGACCUCAGACACCUCAAACAGCAAGAUCUUGCGAUAAUAAUGACCUCAAACUUAUCGUUCCUUGGGCUACCUCCCGAGAUACACCUGCUCAUUGCAGGGAACCUCUGCUUUCCAGACAUCCUCUACCUCAAAAUGACGAAUACAUAUUUUUACGAUCUCAUCCCAAAACUCUCACACAGCGAACUUCUCCUAGCAGAGGAAUCUGACUAUGCACUUGAAAGAGAGCUGUAUACAUGUCGCUAUUGUCUACGGCUACGUCCGGCAUGGAGAUUCGCUGAUAGAAUGCAUCGAAGGAGAAGAAGCUUACACGGCCGUGACGUGCAUAAACGCUUCUGCGUCGAAUGCGGAUUGAAGCCGAGAGAUGAUGGCAAUGCGAGAUAUGGCCCCGGCGCUCAGAUUGUGAUCCAGGGUUGUUUGUUUGUGAUUUGUAUCUAUUGCAAGGAGUUCGGGAGAGGUGCGUAUGAUCGUUUGGACAGGGAGACGUCUGAAUGUGAGCGAUGCUAUCAGAAGACGAGGUACCUCGAGAAACUGCAAGAUUCGAGGGAUAUUUAGAUGUGGAAGAGGAAGAUGAUGCUAUAUCAGCUCAUUCUUGAGCUGGUUGCUUCG